AUGUCGGAGAGUGUGACGACCUCCGAGGGGACCUCCGGCCGCGGCCUCCCCUCCCCCCGCGAGGGCGACCCGCCCCUCCAGAGCUCCUCACGGGACUCGCUGUCGUUGGAGGCCACCCCGAGGGCCGGGGGAGUCCCAACGCCGGGAUCCGUCGCUCUUGGCGCAUCCACCUCAGGUGGACACCGCCCCGUACAUCGGAGCCUAAACAACAGUGCGCGUUUCUGGCAACGUGACGUGGUUACUCCCGUCAUGGAUGGUGAUGAGAAUGAUCUUCAAAACGCAGAGUCGUACCGCCAGAAUCGCAGGCCCCCCUCCUCCAUCAAACAACACCGCACCAGCAGUCCUUGUGGUCCUAGUAGCCCAGGAUCCAAAUCACCACAGCUCUGGCGUGGGGAAACAAUUGAAGAGACUCUCUCACAAAACCCAAGUCCAAUGCAUUCACCACAACAAAGUAACGUAUAUGCUUCAAUGAACGAUUAUGCAACUAUUGGUUUUAGCAAUUGGAGUUCGCGUCGCUCUAGUGCUUUCCCUGUAUUUGGUCGUGGUUCAAUUGGUGUUGCUAGUAGUGUAAAAGGUGUGGAUUUUAUGCCUUGGAAUCCUAUUGAAGAGCAUCGGGAUUCCUCAGGUGCGGGGACAGAUACGAUCAAUAACGACGAAAAUAAUAACUUAGGAAUACAAAAACAUCGUGGGGAAUAUGUCUUUACGAAGAAACACCUGAUGGAUAGAAUUGAUAAUAUGGAGCGUCGUUUUCAAAAUAUGGAGAGAGCAGUGUUACAGGCGUUAGAAAGAAUUGAGACACAUCAGUUGCACCUAGACCAAACUUUGACAGAGUUGCAGGAGCAACAACAACGGAAGCUUAUGUAUUCACCAUCAGUAUCAACCACACGAGUCGAUGUUUCAGUGCCACGUGAUGAAACGCGAGAACCAUCGCGUACUGUAGAUAGUUGA